AUGGUCGGCCAACGCAAAGCAGUAGAUCAGCGCAUCCCCGCGCUCAUUCGCAAUGGCAUACAGGAGAAGAAACGAAGCUUCAUUGUGGUUGUUGGAGACAGAACAAAAGAUGUUAUUGUACAUCUACACUAUAUUAUGUCUAGUAUGGACAUGAAACAGAACAAAUCGGUUAUGUGGGCAUAUAAAAAUAAGCUUUUAGGUUUUACGAGUCAUCGGAAGAAGAGAGAAACUAAAAUCAAAAAAGACAUCAAACGCGGAAUCAGAGAAGCUAACACAGAGGAUCCAUUCGAGUUGUUUGUGUCGCUGCACAACAUUCGAUAUGUCUACUACAAGGAAACCGAAAAAAUCCUGGGAAACACAUUCGGAAUGUGUAUAUUGCAGGAUUUUGAAGCCAUUACACCCAAUCUCUUAGCCAGAACGAUUGAAACAGUUGAGGGUGGUGGACUUGUGGUUUUAUUGCUUAAAGGCAUGAACAGUUUAAAGCAACUAUACACACUGUCUAUGGAUAUUCAUUCCCGAUACCGAACAGAAGCGCACGAUGAUGUUACUGCGAGAUUCAACGAACGAUUCAUUUUAUCCCUUGGGAAAUGCGAAUCAUGCCUGGUAAUUGACGAUGAGCUGAAUGUUUUACCCAUAUCCGGAGGCAAGAACGUGAAAGCUUUGCCUCCGCCAGAUUUGGACCAGCCGAAAAGUGAAUCACAGAUAGAAUUGGAUAACAUGAAAGAGGCCUUACAAGACACGCAACCAGUGGGGUCACUCGUUACUUUGGCGAAGACUGUAGACCAGGCUAAAGCCCUUCUGACAUUCGUGGAUGCUAUCGCCGAAAAGACGCUGAGGAACACUGUCACGUUAACUGCCGGCAGAGGACGUGGAAAGUCCGCAGCUCUUGGUGUUGCUGUAGCAGCAGCUGUCGCGCAUGGAUAUAGCAAUAUUUUCAUCACAUCCCCAAGUCCGGAGAACUUGAAGACUUUAUUCGAGUUCAUCUUCAAAGGGUUUGAUGCUCUUAACUACAUGGAUCACGUCGACUACUCAAUCAUACAAUCUACAAAUCCCGAUUUUAACAAAGCAAUUGUUCGAGUGAACAUACAUCGUCAACAUCGUCAAACAAUUCAAUAUAUCAGACCGCAAGAUGCGCACGUUCUCGGACAAGCCGAAUUAUUAGUCAUUGAUGAAGCCGCUGCGAUACCACUACCACUUGUCAAGAAGCUUAUGGGUCCUUAUUUGGUAUUCAUGGCGUCCACUAUCAAUGGUUACGAAGGUACUGGAAGGUCUCUAUCUUUGAAACUGAUCAAACAACUCCGAGAACAAUCUAGAGGCACGACAAAUGGAACUGAGGAUGUUGAGAUAGCUGAUCGAUCAAGUGGUAAAGCGGCUGCUAAAGGUGCUGAUAAUAGCUUCUCAGGAGGUCGCUCGCUAAGAGAGAUCACGCUGUCUGAGCCAAUUCGUUAUGCAAAAGGUGACGCCGUCGAGAAGUGGCUCAAUCAAUUACUCUGUCUCGAUGCCACUUUACCUCGAUCGAGAUUGAAUACCCUUCAAGGAUGCCCAGAUCCUUCACAGUGUCAGUUGCUCAACGUCAAUCGCGAUACCCUCUUCUCUUUCCACGAUGUUUCCGAAAAGUUUUUGCAACAAAUGAUUGCUCUUUACGUCGCUAGUCAUUACAAGAAUACGCCAGAUGAUCUUCAGUUGAUGAGUGAUGCUCCUGCUCAUCAACUGUUUGUACUCGUUCCACCUAUUGAAGAGAACAGUAGACACUUACCAGAGCCUCUCUGUGUGAUCCAAGUGGCUCUCGAAGGAAAGAUCAGCAAGCAAAGUGUAAUGAACAGCUUGAGUAGAGGUCAGAGAGCGGCUGGUGAUCUCAUUCCUUGGUUGGUCAGUCAGCAAUUUCAAGAUGACGAUUUCGCUGGUCUCUCCGGAGCACGUGUGGUUCGGAUAGCAACAAAUCCUGAUUAUAUCAAGAUGGGAUAUGGAAGCAAAGCUCUCGAACUUCUCACUGAUUUCUAUGAAGGAAAAUUCGCUAACCUCUCAGAGGAUAUGAAUGAUUACGUGGAAGAGACAAUUACUCGUGUCACUGACGAGGAGUUGACUAGUGCAUCCCUUCUUGACGACAACAUCAAGGUUAGGGAUAUAAGAAAAAUGCCACCCCUCUUCUCGAAGCUAUCGGAGAAGCGACCCGAUAAUCUCGAUUAUAUUGGUGUCAGCUACGGACUUACUCAACCUCUCCACAGAUUUUGGAAACGAGCCUCGUUUGUUCCCCUCUAUCUUCGACAAACGCCGAACGAAUUGACUGGAGAGCACACCUGUGUUAUGGUUCGCACUUUGGAAAAUAGUGAGAAUAGAGACUGGGAGUCUGCUUUCUCUCGAGAUUUCCAUCGCAGAUUCUUGUCUCUCCUUUCAUACCAAUUCCGCGAAUUCCCUUCCGUCCUUGCCUUGAGUAUUGACGAAUCAGCAAACGCUGGUUCAAAAUCAGACCCAGAAGCCGCACCCAAGCCGCUUUCAAAAGCCGAGUUAGACAAACUCAUGUCGCCAUUUGAUCUUAAGCGCUUAGAAUCCUAUGCAAAUAAUAUGCUUGACUACCACGUCAUUCUAGAUCUCAUACCAACGCUUGCGAACUUAUAUUUCACUGGUCGUUUGAAGUCUGAUAUAAAGCUCACGGGUAUCCAAUCAUCGAUACUUCUUGCUGUCGGUCUGCAAAGAAAAGACCUAACAGCCAUCGAAUCGGAAUUAUCACUUCCGUCCUCCCAGCUAUUAGCCAUGUUCAUUAAGAUCAUGCGCAAAAUGAGUGCACACUUCGGCGACCUGGUUUCCGGGGCUAUAGAAGCUGAGAUGCCAGGGCGCGAAAGCAUCGGUGUUAGCAGAGAAGAUGCAAAUGGAGCUUUGGAUGAUGAAGUUGUAGAUGACAGAUUUGUGCCCCUAGAACAAGGACUCGAAGAAGAAUUGGAAGAAGGUGGAGAUGAAGCUAUGAAAGCUUUAAAAGAAAAGCAAAGGGAGCUUAUUGAUGCUCUCCCUUUGGACCAAUAUGAAAUCGAAGCAGGAGCACCAGGUUGGGCAGAAGCCGAGAAGCAGGUUAAAAAUGCUGCUAAAUCCGGAAAGAAGGAUAUAGUAGUCGGUGUAAAGAGUGCCAAAACAAAGAGAAAGGCAGGCGAAUCAGCAGCAGAAAUUUAUGAACAGGAGAUGGGUGACAAGACGCAUAAAAAAGCAAAGAAGGGUUCUAAAAAGGGUCAUUAG